CUUACGCUUUGCGCUGGCCUCAAGCUUGUAUUCACAGCCUCCUCUCGCAUGCUCACGUUUCAUUGUGGCGCGUCUCCACAUCACACGCUUCCGCACCGCUCCUAAAUACACGACCGCGCUGGCAUCUCCACAAUGCGUACAUGGAUAGUAGCCAGCUCUUUGCUGGCAUUGACACAAGCCUUCUACAUGCCAGGUUUCUCAUACAGAAGUUAUCGCGACGGCGACACAAUACCGCUUUUUAUCAACAAGGUGUACUCCGACCACAGCGAAUUGCAGUAUGCGUUCGCCGAACUUCCCUUCGUCUGCCCACCGACCGGCCGUCUACGCGCGGGGCAUCUCACAAGCGGAACGAGCAUAACUCUUAGCCUAGGCGAGGUUCUGCGAGGCGAUCGCAUUGUCGUCUCAGACUAUGAGCUAGUUAUGGGUGUUGACGAGGAAGCCCGGUAUCUUUGCAGCCGAUCGAUCGAUCUCGAGGGUAUACGGAGAGCACAAGAGCUCAUCCGGGACGGAUAUGUCGUCGAGUGGCUCGUGGACAACCUGCCAGGCGCUACAAGUUUUCAAACGACAGACAAGAGCAGAAAGUACUAUGCAGCAGGAUUCAAGCUUGGUGACCAGAGGACAUUAGGAGCUGGCGGUCCUACGGAGUACCUACUCAACAACCACGUCACACUCGUCAUUCGUUACCAUCGUGCUCCCGGAAAAGGCGGCGAUAAGGGCAAGAAGGUCAUUGUUGGGUUCGAAGUGUUCCCACGGAGCAUCACAGCAGACAAUCGAGAUGAGUCUGGUCUUCCAGUGCACAUUGAAGGCGGAAACGAUCCCUUCGUCCUAGUUCCUCAAGCCAACAGCACGAACACCACCGAUGCCACGAUCGAACCUACGUCUUUAACAAUACCCUACACGUACUCGGUCUAUUGGCGAGAAGAUGACCGCCUCGAAUGGCAAAACCGUUGGGACAUGUACUUUGUAGCACAGGACGAUAGUGCAAACGUUCACUGGCUGGCCAUCAUAAGUUCCCUGGUAAUCUGCGGCUUGCUUACCGCAGUCGUCUCCGUUGUUCUAACACGCACAAUCCGCGGCGACAUCAGAGGUCAUUACGAUACCGACCUGCUUGGGUUAAACACUAUCUCCAACCGCACAAUGCCGUCACUGAAGCGAGAGAAGAGUAGUCUGCUCGGGCCAAUGGCAGAUCUAGACACAGAUGAUGCCGCGUCGGACGAAGAGUUCGAAGACGUGCCAGGCUGGAAGCUGCUCCACGGCGAUGUGUUCAGAUCACCAGCUUACGGUGGUCUACUCGCCCCACUUGUUGGUUCUGGCAUGCAGCUUCUUUACAUGGCAUUUGGUCUCCUCGUCCUCAGCACUUUGGGCGUGCUCAAUCCAAGCUUCCGUGGUGGCUACGUCAGUGUUGGUGUCGGGCUGUUCGUUUUCGCAGGGAUAUUCUCUGGCUACUUUUCCGCACGCCUGUACAGAACAUUUGGGGGUCAGCUGUGGCAGAAGAACGUCAUCAUCACGGCCUCGCUGGUACCGGGACUUCUGUUCGCCACAACGUUCAUCCUGAACCUUUUCGUGUGGAUGCAGGCUUCAAGCACAGCACUGCCUUUCGGUACACUCAUCGCGCUCGUCAUGCUCUGGCUCUUUGUACAGCUUCCACUCGUCUACGUCGGCAGCUGGUUCGGUUACGAGCGUAUGGGCGCAUACACGCACCCUAUAACCGCAAACGCUAUCCCCCGUCAGCUUCCCGAUCGACGCUGGUACUCUUUGAGUGGACAAAGACUGAUUCUCGCUGGUCUUGUGCCUUUCAUGGUCAUCUUCGUCGAAUUGACGUUCGUCGUAAAGAGCCUAUGGAUAGACAAGACUACUUACUAUUACGCUUUCGGCUUUAUGGGAAUCGUCAGCGCUGUCUUGACAGUCACCGUUGUCGAGGUGACCAUCGUCGCUACGUACUUCUUGUUGUGUUCGGAAGAUUACCACUGGUGGUGGCACUCCUUCAUGAUCGGCGGCUCUUCCUCAGCCUGGAUGUACGCCUAUCUGAUCUACUGCUACUUUGCAAAACUCCACAUCACUGGCUUCGUGUCGAGCAUGUUGUUCUUUGCCUACGGUUUUCUAGCCUGUGGUGUGUAUGCGCUACUCACUGGCACAAUCGGUUUUCUCGCGGCUUACACUUUCGUGAGAAGGAUAUAUGGAGCCAUCAAGAUCGACUAAAAAGUAUCAUAGCAAAUGCCGACAAGAUCACUCUUUCAACAUAAAGAGUCUCCGGCUCUCGGUCUAUUUAUAUGUUAAGCAGGAGGAUUUCAGCAUACCGAUGUUUCA